AUGACCAGGUCUGCUGGACAGUCCCAAUUAGAGCUUCCUGACCCUGAGAUAGAAAGAACACUCCACGCACGCAAAAGGCUCAACCGAGCUAAUAGCGUGCAUUCCGGUAACAUUGAUUCUAACACUAUCUCUGAUUCUGAGUCUGACUAUUUCCAUACUUUAUUUAAUUCUGAUUCUGAACUUGAACAUCAAAACAUGGCUGCUGAACAAACAUUGAGGCAGCUUGCUGCUCCUGAUGUUAAUUACAAUGGUUUGUGUAUUGAAUAUGCUGAAGUUGAUGUACCUUUUGAACUAAAAUCUGGUUUAAUACACUUGUUGCCAAGGUUUAAUGGUCUUGCAGGUGAGGACCCGCACAAGCAUUUAAAGGAAUUUCAGGUUGUGUGCUCCACACCAUUGAGGCCCGAAGGUAUCACGGAAGACCACGUCAAGUUGAGAGCCUUUCCAUUCUCGUUACAAGGUGCUGCUAAAGACUGGCUCUACUACCUUGAGCCAAAUUCUGUUUCAACUUGGAAUGAUCUGAAGAAGGUCUUUCUAGAGAGAUACUUUCCCGCUUCUAGAGCAGCAUCAAUCAGAAAAGAAAUAUGCGGGUUGCUACCAAUGGAUCGAAACAUUUUGGAUGCUGCAAGUGGUGGAGCACUUGUUGAUAAAACUCCAGCUGCUGCAAAGGCCUUGAUCGAGAACAUGUCACUCAACUCGCAACAAUUUACAACCAGAAAUAAUUCUGCAAGUGUGAAUGAGAUUCAGUCUUCCUCUUCCUCCAUCAAGGCGCUCGAAACCAAGUUUGAUGCUAGAAUUGAUGAACUCACUACCUUGGUGAAAAAGUUGGCAGUUAGCAAAUCUCAACCAGCAAAAGUAUGUGGCAUUUGUACUUCUUCUGAGCAUCCGACUGAUACAUGCCCCAUUCUACAAGAUGAAACAAUAACUGAGCUUCCUCAAGCAUAUGCAGCAGCAGCAGCCCUUUACAAUCAAAACAGGUACAACAAUCCUGACCUCUCCACCAACAAAUAUCACCCUAGUUGGAGGAAUCAUCCAAACCUCCGAUAUGGGAAUCAGUCACAAGCUGCAACCCCUGCUGCCCCACCAGCCACUUCUUCACUGGAAGACCUUGUCAAGCAACUGGCACAACGAACAGAUGCUAGCAUUCAGAACCUGACAACGCAGAUGGGACAAAUGGCCAAUGCAAUAGGCCAACUACAAGCUCAAGGCUCCGGUAACCUUCCUGCACAAUCAGUUCCGAACCCAAAUGGGAAUGUGAGUGCAAUCACUUUACGAUCCGGAAGAGUGACCGAACCAGCUCCAGCUCCAGAGAAAAGAAAAAAAACCAUUGCAACAUCAUCUGUUCCUGAACCUGCUGAACCUUCUGCGACCGCUGAGACUACUGAGACUGAAAGAGCAUAUGUGCCACCAAUCCCUUUUCCUCAAAGGGUGCAGAAAAAUAAAAACAAGGCUGAGGAAGACAAAGAGAUUCUUGAUGUAUUCAGCAAAGUAGCAGUCAAUAUUCCCCUCCUUGAUGUGAUCAAGCAGAUUCCGAAGUAUGCAAAAUUCUUGAAGGAUUUGUGCACAAACAAGAGGAAAGUAAAGGGAAAUGAGAGAGUUAAUCUGGGCCGAAAUGUUUCAGCCCUCAUUGAGUCUAAUGCUGCACUCGAACCUGUGCCUGAGAAAGCUAAUGUUUCAACCCUCAAUCAGGCCAUGCCACAGAAAUGCAAGGAUCCAGGAACUUUUUCUAUUCCAUGUACCAUUGGGGAUAGAAAAUUCGAAAAUUGCAUGUUAGAUUUAGGAGCUUCUAUCAAUGUCAUGCCUACUUCUGUUUUUAACAAUCUUGAUCUUGGUCCUUUGCAGCAUACAGGUCUUACUAUUCAGCUGGCAAACAGGAGCAAUGCUCGCCCUGUUGGAGUGGUGGAGGAUGUGCUAGUUCAAGUUAAUGACUUGAUUUUCCCUGCAGAUUUUUACAUCCUUGACAUGGCUGGAGAAACAGAGUCAAGCAGAUCGCCGAUCAUCUUGGGCAGACCAUUCAUGAAGACGGCAAAGACAAAAAUCGACGUUGAUGAUGGGACCAUGUCCAUGGAAUUUGGUGACAUUGUUGCGAAGUUUAAUAUUUUCGAUGCUAUGAAAUACCCUUUGGAAGAGCACUCUGUUUUUCAAUUAGAACUACUUUCUGAAAUUGUUGAUGAAUUUCAUUCUGAUUUGUGUUCAGCUGAUGAUUACUCAUGUGAUGUUUGUACUGAUACUAACCUUUGUGUUGGUUGUGCUGAGUUUAAUUUGCAGGGCGAAGGUGAAGUUGUCAAUGAGGCUGCCAAUGAAGUUGUUUACGCAGUUGAAACUCUUGACAUCCCGACUGUUCCAACAAAACCAUCCAUAGAACAACCACCAUCCUUGGAGCUUAAACCACUUCCUGAAAAUUUGAAAUAUGCUUACUUAGAGGAAAAUGAAAAACUACCUGUGAUUAUUUCUUCUAACCUUGAUUGUGAACAGGAAGAAAAGCUUUUGGAGGUUUUGAGGCAGCAUAAGAAGGCAAUCGGAUGGACCUUAGCUGACAUACCAGGCAUUAGCCCCACAAUGUGCAUGCAUCGUAUUCACCUUGAGGAGGGAGCUAAGGUGGUGAGACAACCCCAAAGGAGACUCAACCCUUUGAUUCUUGAUGUUGUGAAAAAGGAGGUAACUAAAUUGUUACAAGCAGGUAUUAUUUAUCCGAUCUCUGACAGUAAUUGGGUAAGUCCGGUACAGGUUGUGCCUAAGAAAUCUGGACUCACUAUGGUGAAAAAUGAAAAAAAUGAACUUGUACCCACUAGAGUCCAGAACAGCUGGAGAGUUUGUAUCGAUUACAGGAGGUUGAACCAGGCAACUAGGAAAGAUCACUUUCCCUUGCCAUUCAUUGAUCAGAUGCUUGAACGGUUGGUAGGUAAAUCACAUUAUUGCUUUCUUGAUGGUUUUUCAGGUUACUUUCAGAUUCAUAUUGCACCCGAAGAUCAAGAAAAGACCACUUUUACGUGCCCCUUCGGCACAUUUGCUUACAGGAGGAUGCCUUUUGGUCUUUGCAAUGCACCUGGCACAUUCCAACGAUGCAUGAUUAGUAUUUUUUCUGAUUUUAUUGAAAACUGUAUGGAAGUGUUUAUGGAUGAUUUCACUGUUUAUGGUACUUCUUUUGAUGCAUGUUUGACUAAAAAAGGAAUUUCAGUUGACCCUGCAAAAAUUGAUGUGAUCUCUACACUACCUUACCCAUCUUGCAUUCGCGAGAUUCGUUCUUUUCUUGGUCAUGCAGGUUUUUACAGGCGUUUCAUAAAGGAUUUCAGCAAGAUUGCCCUCCCGCUGUCAAACCUGCUUAAAAAUGAUGUGACUUUCGAGUUUAAUGAUGCAUGCAAAAAGGCGUUUGAUUUCUUGAAGAGAGCACUGACUUCUGCUCCCAUCAUUCAGCCCCCUGACUGGAACAUUCCUUUUGAAAUCAUGUGUGAUGCAUCUAACUAUGCAGUGGGAGCAGUUCUUGCACAAAGGGUGGAAAAAGCCGCCCAUGUUAUUUAUUAUGCUUCUAGGACUUUAGAUUCCGCACAAGCUAAUUACACCACCACUGAAAAGGAACUUUUAGCUAUUGUUUUUGCACUUGAUAAAUUCAGAUCAUAUUUGCUAGGUUCCAAGGUUAUUGUUUUUACUGACCAUGCAGCUUUAAAGUACUUGUUAAAGAAGCCUGAAGCAAAACCGAGGCUGAUUCGGUGGAUGUUGUUGCUUCAAGAAUUCAAUGUGGAAAUUAAGGAUAAAAGUGGAGCCGAGAAUUUAGUAGCCGACCACUUGAGCAGGAUUGAACGUGAUGGAGAUAUCUUCCCCAUUCAGGAUGAAUUUCCUGAUGAGCAGUUGUUACUUCUACAUGGGGUGACUCCUUGGUUUGCUGAUAUUGUUAAUUAUCUUGUUGCUGGUGUUUUUCCUGCAGGUGCAUCUAGGACACAAAUUCACAAACUCAAGAGUGAUGCAAAAUAUUAUGUUUGGGAUGAUCCAUAUCUUUGGAAAUUUGGUAGUGAUCAGGUGAUUAGGAGGUGUGUUCCCGACUGUGAGAUUUGUAAGGAGUGCCAAAUAGCAGGCACAGCUAUCACUCGAAAGAGUGAAAUGCCUCAGCAACCUAUGCUUUUCUGUGAGGUAUUUGACGUAUGGGGCAUUGACUUUAUGGGCCCUUUUCCUGUAUCAUUUGGUUUUCUCUACAUUUUACUUGCUGUUGAUUAUGUUUCAAAGUGGGUGGAGGCCAUCCCCACUAGGACUAAUGAUUCUCGAGUUGUUGCAGAUUUUGUCAGGUCCAAUAUUUUUUGCAGGUUUGGAAUACCCCGAGCUAUCAUAAGCGACCAAGGCACGCAUUUCUGUAACCGCACCAUGGAAGCUUUGCUCCGGAAGUAUGGAGUUGUGCACAGAGUUUCUACCGCAUAUCAUCCCCAAACUAAUGGGCAAGCUGAAAUCUCGAACAGGGAGAUUAAGCAAAUUCUAGAGAAAAUGGUGCAGCCAAAUAGGAAGGACUGGAGCCGCCGUCUAGAAGACGCACUUUGGGCUCAGAGAACAGCUUUCAAGACUCCAAUUGGGAUGUCCCCCUAUCGACUUGUGUUUGGUAAGGCAUGUCACCUUCCUGUAGAAAUCGAACACCGUGCUUACUGGGCGGUGAAGAGCUGUAAUAUGGAAAUGCAAAAAGCAGGUAUGGAAAGAAAACUUCAAUUACAGCAGCUUGAAGAGCUUAGGCUAGAAGCCUACGAAAGCUCUAAAAUUUAUAAGGAGAAAACAAAACACUUUCAUGAUAAAAUGAUUUCUAGGAAGGAAUUUUCUGUGGGCCAACGGGUUUUAUUGUUUAACUCCCGCCUAAAAGUAAUGGCUGGGAAACUUCGAUCCCGGUGGAUUGGCCCUUUUGUUGUUACUAAUGUUUUCCCUCAUGGUGCAGUAGAAAUAAAAAGUGCAGGUACUAACAAGGUAUUUAAAGUAAACGGACAGCGACUGAAGCUGUUCCAUGAAAGCUCGGUGCCUAAAGAAGAGGGACAUGUUGAAGAGCUCUCCUUGGAGAAGCCGUUCUACCCAGCAGCUACACCGUAG